AUGGUCCAGACAAUACUUGGAAAGCCAGCAGCCAUACAAAGAUCCUCGGGCACCACUUCAAUUGGCCAGCUGGAUGAGAAGUGCAGGGUUCACGGAAGUCGAGUCGAGACUCUUGACGUUGCCAAUGUGCGGCUGGUCGAGUGGUAUGUUGCUUUGAUGCCAGAGUGCCGAUCCAAUACCGAUAACGUGAACGAGCUAUUGUAUUCGCUAGCAUUAUACCCGUUUACGCAGUUUCUUGGGAUGACUUUCAGUGAUUUCCAACUCUUGAUAGCUCAAGCGAGGAGCGAAGCCAGCAACCCAGCAUUCAAGGCCUACUUUCCAGUGUAA